CACAGUGCCUUUGGGACCCAACUGCGCCACUUUCUCGUGCCCUCCACCAUCCCUGUUCCUUGGCCAUUCGACACACCAAGGGUCAUUCCAUCCAUUCCCCUGUCACUGUAAAAGACUCUGUGCCCUUGUCUCAAUAGUCAGUGUUCUCCCCUCCUCUCCUGAGAAGAUUCCACAGCCUGUCUUCAUUACCACCACUCCUACCCCCUCCACACACACACACACACAAUCAGUAUAGCUUUUCCGCUCUAACUUAACUCCUGCUAACUACAGUUUUAGCCCAUUUUCCUUUAGCCGCUCUGAAAUGAGGCUGGAGAGCCGCUGGGUGCCACCCUAAGAAGUGUGUCUCCCUGCCUGUCUUCUUCAGGCUUGACUUCAACAUCUGCGUCCCUGCAGGUGUCUGCAGCCCUUCAGGGCUCAUUCCACAAACACUUAUGGAGCCCCUACCACUUAUCAGGCAGUUGGACCUCUCACUUCACUGAACCCUCAAAACAGAUGAGAACCCGGAAGCUCAGAGAGAUUGAGUAAUUUAGGCAUAGCCACACAGCUGGUUGGGUUUUGGAGGUGUCCCUGCUGAAGUGACAACGAGUUCUCCCAUGUGACAUUCCCAAGUGCCUUUGAGGAAAGCUCUCUGGACCUCCUUAUGGAGAAGUGGGCUCCCUACACCCACUCUGUCCCCACCUGAGGUUAUGGUGGAUUUGGGACGUGGCCCAGGCCUGGGCCUCCUGCUGUUGACCCAGCCCCGGAGGCGUUAGCAAGAGCCCUGCGCCAUCCACUGCCCCAGAGACCACCCCUCCUACCAGGGGCCUAGAGCUGGCGAGUGACUAUGCGGCUUGGGCUGUGUGUGGUGGCCCUGGUUCUGAGCUGGAUGCAUCUCACUGCUGGCAGCCGGGGCAUCAAAGGGAAGAGACAGAGGCGGAUCAGCGCCGAGGGGAGUCAGGCCUGCACCAAAGGCUGUGAGCUCUGCUCCGAGGUCAACGGCUGCCUCAAGUGCUCGCCUAAGCUGUUCAUCCUGCUCGAGAGGAACGACAUCCGCCAGGUGGGCGUCUGCUUGCCGUCCUGCCCUCCUGGAUACUUCGAUGCCCGCAACCCUGACAUGAACAAGUGCAUCAAAUGCAAGAUUGAGCACUGCGAGGCCUGCUUCAGCCACAACUUCUGUACCAAGUGUAAGGAGAGCUUGUACCUGCACAAGGGCCGCUGCUACCCCGACUGUCCCGAGGGUUCUGCAGCUGCCAAUGGCACCACAGAGUGCAGCAGUCCUGCACAAUGUGAAAUGAGUGAGUGGUCCCCGUGGGGGCCCUGCUCUAAGAAGAAGAGGCGCUGUGGUUUCCGGAGGGGUUCUGAGGAGCGGACACGGAGGGUGCUCCAUGCCCCGGGGGGGGACCAUGCCGUCUGCUCCGACACCAAGGAGGUGCGGAGAUGUACAGUGCGGAGGACACCCUGUCCUGAGGGGCAGAAGAGGAGGAAGGGAGGCCAGGGCCGGCGGGAGAAUGCCAACAGGAACCCGAGCAGAAAGGAGAGCAAGGAGGCGGGCACAGGCUCUCGGAGACGCAAGGGCCAGCAACAGCCACCGCAGCAAGGGACAGUGGGGCCACUCACAUCUGCAGGGCCCACCUAGGAACAUUCUUCAGCCUCCAGGCCCAUGAAGAAAGAGUCCAGCACUGCUCUGUGUAAUGGAAGCUUUACGGAACUGGAGUACACACACUCCACAUAUGAAGCACAGACCCUGUGUCCAAACAUGCAGCCAACAUACAUGCACACAUGUGCGUGUGCGCACAUGCACACACACAUACAACACACACACUCUAGGCCACUGGAAGACACUUCUACCCCUCGGACAUCACGAUGUAAACAGGGCGGGGAUGAAGAGGUCAUCUCUGGCUGGCAGAGGGCUCAGCAGCACCCACUUGGUUUGCGAUGCUAACAGUGGAUUGGCAGACAACACUGCCCAGCAUCCAGGCCCAAACUUCUGCAGAGUGAUGCCUUCUGGAGGAGCUGAUAGGACCGGCCCAGAGUGGCAGACAGAAGCCCAAGCGUGAGGCCUGCUCAGCAUUUCCAGCUGUGUGACUUUUUCAUUGGAGAGUAUUGUUACACAUCCGUGAUCCAUAUCAGGGCUGCCUGGCUCUGAAAACUGCUUAACGGUUUAUUUCAAAUUAAAAACAAAACCCAAAUGACAACAGAAGCCACAGGAACCACAUUCUUUUCAGGGAACAGGAAUUGGGGGUGUGUGCAUGGGAGCGGGAAGGGAUGCAGCUGAAGUUUAAGAGACCCCUAAUGUCCUCGCAGACAGAGUAGGAAGGAAACUUGGGGGAUACUCAGAAUGGUAACCAGCUUCCCUGUACCCAGAGUGUGGUCUGUGGCCCUGCAUUAGCCUCGUCACUGGGCAGCUUGUUAGAAAUGAGACUCUCAGGGCCCAUCCCAGACCUGGUGAAACAGUCUGCAUUUAACAAGGUUCCAGGUGACUAUCAUGCACAUUCACAUUUGAGAAGCGCCGCUCUAAUUACCUACCUCUAAGGAUGAAGGGAUUUUUGUCCGCUAUAGAGGAAGACUUUCCAUCUGGGAGAGGUAGAAUCUCCAUACUGAAUGGUACUCCUAGGAGGAGGGAGUGCCCUGAGAUAGUGGGUGACAGUUGGACCCAAAGGCAGCACAGUGGAUGGAAUCACCUCUGAUGCGUUCAGAAGUGUCCACUGGCAGCCAUCUGUGCCCCAGACUCUGGACUAAGUGUUUGGUUUCCGGUGGGGAGCCAACCCUGGGCUUUGCCCCCGUGGAGCUUAGAGGUUGCUGGUGGUGACAGGUGUGAAUCAAGUCAUCAUUCAAAUAAAUGUGCAGUUACAAUUGGGCAGAGUUAAGGGCAGGCAACCACUGGCUAUGAAAGUAAAUAAAGUGAAUAAAAGUCAAAGACUU